CACCGCCUAAACCAGCGACCUCUACGCGCUGUUUGGUGACGACGUGGACUACCACCCCAAUUCCAACAACUAGGUGGUCGACCUCGUGCAUCCAUCGCUAUACCCGUUGCGGUACGGGCAUACAGUUGCGACCAAACGUAAAGUCCAGCUGAUUCAUUCGAUUAAAAUGCCAUUACAGUCCACAGAACCAAGAGGCCCAAAUUCUACCGCAACGACCGGGGGCGUUCAAGUUCCAGUGGCUUCCCAGCAUGUUUAAGGUAGAUUUUGGCCAGUUCAACGCCGCCGUGCCCAGGUUGGACUACACGCUAGCACGGCAUGGUUCCCCGAGUUCAUCAAGGUACCGACCCGGUGGACGGUGAUAUCUUCAACGCCGAGUACCACGCCAAGGUGAUUGUCAAGUUGGCCAAUAUCGAGUUGACCCCUGAAAACUCCACGUACGCCGGCGGCUCCUGGCACUUGGAAGGGUGUAUAAAUGAGGACAUUGUAGCUAUAGUUCUCUACUAAUACAAGGUGGUCAAUAUCACCGAGUCGAAGCUCUUAUUCCGGUGUGCGUUUUAAGAACCUACGUACCAACAUGCUGAUCAAGGACAUCGUUUUGAUGGAGGCCCUGCCCAACCAUGUGUUGGUGUUCCCCAACGGUUACCAGAAUUGUGUCGACUCGUUUAAAUUGCAACACAAGACCAGGCCCGGCCACCGAAAUUUUUUGUGUAUGUUUGUGGUGGACCCGUAGAACUAGCAGGUCAGGAGCUCUCGCGACGUACCCCAAAGCAGCCAGCUCCCGAAUGGCAGGAGUUGGUGGAUGAGAGUCAGGCAGAAGGCCUGACGGGGUCAUGAGUUUGCUGGAUGCCAACACCGGGAGAAGCCCGUUGAUGGCCAAAUUGACCUGCGCCUAGCGCCAACACCGACAUAACACCGCU